AACAGUUUUUUAUUACUGUUUUGGCUAUUUUGGUUUGGAAGUUUGUUUAUCUCGCAGUUCUUUUACAUUUUUCCUGCGAAAUACCGUCUUUAGACUAAGUAUAAGUGCUUAGAUGAGUUCAAUUAAUAUCCCUACAGACUUUGGCCCAGAUUCUGGGGGUAGAGUAAAGGGUCUGACGAUCGUGAAGCCAAUUGUUUAUGGAAAUGUUGCUAGAUCCUUUGGGAAAAAGAGGGAAGAAGAUGGUCACACGCAUCAGUGGAAUGUCUACGUGAAGCCGUAUUUCAAUGAGGAUAUGUCAAUUUAUGUGAAAAAGAUCCAUUUCAAAUUGCAUGAGAGUUAUGCUAAUCCCAGCCGGAUUCUCACUAAACCCCCGUAUGAGGUGACUGAGACGGGUUGGGGAGAGUUCGAGGUGGUCAUAAAGAUCUACUUUCACGAUCCCACGGAACGCCCAGUGACGUUAUAUCACAUCCUGAAGUUGUUCCAGAGUCCCAUUGUCGAUGGGGAAAUCUCGUCGAUUGACAGCAAAAAGGGGCUCGUGUCGGAGUCAUAUGAGGAGAUUGUCUUUCAGGAGCCAACUCAACUUAUGCAGCAUUACCUGACAAAUGUGCAGAGUCUCUCAAAUGAUAGCUGGAAGCAUGACACUGACUUUGAGGAGAAGAAACGCAAAUCCCUAGAGAAUAUCAUGGAAGCAAAGGCUAAAGUUAAGUCAGAAAUCACCAUCCUGAAGGAUAAACUGAAACUGGCACGUGAAACAAUUGCUAAAUUUAAGGCAGAACUCGCUAAAGUUCAACCCUCAAAUUCGCAAUAAAAAUCCCCAAUUUGCUUGAAAA